AUGGACGUAAAUAGUUUGAUUGCCGAGGUAAAAAAUCGACCUGCCCUCUGGGAUGCGACACAUCCAGACCAUGCGAACCGCAAUGAGACGUUGCGACUAUGGAACAGCGUAGCCGAAACAUUAGGCGUUCAUGCGGAUAUCUGUCGCAGCAAGUGGAAAAAUUUACGGUGCAGUUACCGCCGGCAGCAGCAUCGCCGGAGCUCUCAGUCUAAAAACACCUGGGUCUAUGCGGAGCCGAUGUGUUUCCUGGACGGGCAACGUCUCCAGACGGAUAGUAGCAAGGAGGAAGAGGAGGACUGUGAUGCUACCCUAGCCGAGGGCAUGAGCGAUUACCAGGAGUCCCCCAUGCCCCUCAAAAUUGAAUUAUUGCCAUCUGACGAAAUGGAGGCGGAUAAUGAUGCGCUAAUGAAGGAGUUUCAAAGUGUGGCAACACCGCAGGCGUUGCGUCGGCUCUCGCACAGCAUCUCGUUGGCCAGCGCCGCCGCUGAGGAGCAAGACAGCAAGCCAGCGAUUCCCAUGGCUGCUCCAAUCGUUCCGGAUACGGCCAUGUCUGUUGCCGCCUCCAGCAGUUGCCAUUGCGCCAAACGGGUGGACGAGCAGGUCCACUUUCUGGAGGAUCUGGAACGCGAGGAGCAAAAGUUGAUGCAGUCCACCAACCAGGACAUUUCACGUUGCAAGAAUGUGUUGCAUGUCGGCGACUCUGACUACAAUUAUCUCAUUAGCUUCUUGCCACUCAUGAAACAAAUGUCGCCGCUGCAAAAUGUCGGAUUCCGAGCCAAAAUGGGUGAACUGUUGCUUCAGACGAUGGCAGCGGGCCCCAUUGGCGUCCAACAACAACAACAGCAACUGCAGCAACAGGCGCAGCAACAACAACAACAACAACAACAACAAAUGCAGCAACAGACGCAGCAACAACAACAGCUUCAGCAACAGCAACAACAACAACAGCAGCAGCAAGAAGAACAACAAAUGGCCUUGGACCAGGAACAAGUGAGCACCAGUUCCACAAAUUGGAACUAAGUUUGUGAACAAUUUGUAUUCUUCCAUAUUUUCAACUGAUUCAACAAACAAAUGAUUAAAUAUAUACAAUAUAUUUUUGAUUUUAUUAAA